AUGUCAACGAAAGAAGUUGAGCUCCCAGUGGCUGAGCCGGAGCGCCGGAUAAAGAGGACGAAGAGUCGAAAAUCUGCGAAAGCUCACGAGCAUCGCUAUCGGCCUGACCCGUCUACCAUCCACGGCCCCUCGAAUGCAGGAUUCGUUCCAUCGGACAGCUGGGGACACAACUCCAGCCAAGCACUCACCAUAGGGACGAAAACCACGAGCGGCAAGAGGAGGAAGAGCCUCCCGCCGCUGAGACAAUGCCAGUUAGAUCUCGACUACUUGGAGCGACGCGGAGAUGACAGAUACGAGACAGAAGUCACGAGCGGCGUCGGCUCGGCCAGCAAGGAGGAGGACAGUCCAGCCGACAGCCUCGAGCGCGUUAAGGUCGUCUUCCUCGGGGCACCUGGCGUCGGCAAAUCCAGUAUCAUUCGACAAUUCGUCUGGAGCGAAUUCUCGGAGGAGUACAAGCCUACGGAGCGCCGGGAAACGUACUACCCGAGCGUCGUCCUCGCCGAGAGGCUUUACGAACUCAAAAUCACAGAUCUGCCGACGAUACCGUACUUCCCGGUCAGCUCUCACCUGGAAUGGACCGAUUUCCGAUAUUAUGGUCUACGCAGUGCCACUGCCUACGUCCUCGUCUUCGACCUCAGCAAUCAGGACACCUUCCAGUACAUAAGGACGCUACGCGAGCAGAUUUACGAAGCACGGGACAUGCGUGGAGUACCGCUCCUGGUUGUCGGCAAUAAACAGGAUAAACUGCCGUCCUCUGUGGCCACUAGCUCCCGGCAUCGAGACAUCGUCAACCUCGUCCGCAAACACUGGAGAUGCGGAUACGUUGAGUGCAGCGCGAGAUUCAAUUGUCGGGUCGUCCAGGUCUUUCGCGAACUGAUGAAAAGUAUCCAGGCUGUGGAAGGUAAAUCGUCUUCGCCAACGCCUACGAGUUCGCAACCACUUCGUCCACAUCCACAGGUGGGCGGUGCGGUCGGCAAUGUCGGCACCGACAAGUGCAUACUUCUCUGACAUUAAAUGAAAGGGUCACUGUUGCUCUCUUUGCUCUUGGAGCCGAGGAAGCAUUUUAUUACUACGCACGUUGGUGAAAACGAGCUAGCAGCUUUUAAUCGCGACUAAAGAAAUCAAUAAUAAUGUAUAAAGAUCAUACGAAUAAAGACAACCCGAAUAGCCCUUUCCUAAGCAUUAAGUAAGAGAAAGUUAAUGGAA